AUGUUACUGAAAGUUUAUGAUUGUGUGAUCAAGUAUCAUCUGAGGAAAGUGAAUGUAGUUGUAGAUGCUUUGAGUCACAAGUCUCUGGUUGAUUUGAUGCUUAUGUUUGCGAGGUUGUCUAUCUCUGAUGAUGGGUUUUUGUUGGCUGAACUUCAGGUGAGGUCGGUUCUUUCACAACAGAUUUGUAAGCAUCAGCCUUUUGAUGAGAGUUCGACUCAUCGAGUUGAGUCAGGUAUUCAUGGGGAUUUUGAUCUCAACUCUAAUGGUCUUCUGUGUUUUCGAGGUUGCUUGUGUGUUUCGGAGGACGAGGAUCUGAGACACUUGAUUCUUAUCGAGGCUUGUAGCAGUCCUUUUACUAUGCAUCCCAGUGGGAAUAAAUUGUAUCAAGAUCUUUGGGUUCUGUAUUGGUUGCCUGGGUUGAAGAAGAAUGUUACAGACUUUGUUGCGAGUGUUUGGUUUGUUAGAGAGUGA